AUGCCUCCAAAACGAGCGAAUAUUGGUCGAAAAAGCCGAAAAGUAGUAGCCAAUGCAGCUAGAAGAACAAGAGAAACAGAUGAAGAGCGUGCAAAUCGGUUGGAAUCCCAACGCGAAUAUCGAUCUAGAUCACGUUCUAACCGUUCAGCGUUGCGUGAUCAAGCUGAGCAGAAUGUUCAAGAUCAAGAAGAAAUGCGGCGCAAUUCAAAUGCACGACGAGUUAAAAUUGAAUCCUACGAUGAUAUUCCUGUUUUACUGCGUGAACUGUUAUCUGGUAACACGCCGGAUUCAAAACAUUUUUUGGACAAGAUUCAAACGUACAAUAAUAUGUUUCAAAUGACUUCUUUUGGAGCAAGUCGUAUUGUUCGUGAUAAUUUCAUGCCAACCUUCAAGAUUCAAGGUCAAAUUUAUCAUCGUAUUGGUGCGUUGCUCCCAAAUCCAGAUGCUGAUUAUGAAUUUUUGCAAAUAUACUUCAUCGGCAAUUCAGAUCAAGAAGUGGAUCGACGUUGUGAAAUUGCUCCAUCUACAAGAAGAAAUAUUGUUGAGCAAUUACAGGAGUUAUUACACAAAGAAAAUCAAUUGGUGAAUGUUUUCAAAAUGAGUUUGGAAAAAUUAACAGCUGAUAACGAAAGGAUUGCUAUCAGUGCCAAUCAUACGCCUGCCGGUCAACACCCUGGACGAUUUAAUGCACCAACCAUUGAUGAAGUAGCAAUUCUUGUUGUUGGAGAUGGAGCAAAUCCCCGUGACAUUGUACUUCAUCGCAGAAAUAAUAAUGAAUUGCAACGUGUAAAUGAACUUCAUCGAUCAUAUGAUGCGUUGCAGUAUCCACUGUUAUUUUGGAGAGGCGAAGAUCAAUAUGAUAUCACGUUGAAAAUGAAAGAUCCAAUGACUGGUGCAUUAACAACUAAAAAUCUCAGCGCUAUGAAUUAUUACGCAUACAAAUUUAUGAUUCGUCAAAAUGAUUUCAAUUACAUAUUGAAGACGAAAAAGUUAUUUCAUCAGUAUGCGGUAGAUAUGUAUGCAAAAAUUGAAUUGGAACGUUUGAAUUAUAUUCGGUUCCAUCAGCAAAGUUUACGUUCCGAAGAGUACAUUCAUUUGCGAGAUGAAAUAAACAAUGAUGGCAAUCCCGAAGAUGUCGGUCAACGUUUUAUAUUACCAUCUACUUUCACUGGGAGUCCACGCCACAUGCAUGAAUACGCACAAGAUGCAAUGUGUUAUGUUCGUAAUUAUCAGAGACCUGAUUUGUUCAUCACAUUCACCUGUAAUCCGCAUUGGGAUGAAAUAAAGGAACAUUUAUUCGCUCAUCAAUCGAACACCGAUCGUCAUGACAUAAUUGCCAGAAUAUUUAAACAAAAAUUGAAAAAGCUUAUGGAUUUUAUUGUUAAGCAUAAAGUGUUUGGUAAUGUUCGUUGUUGGAUGUACUCGAUUGAGUGGCAGAAGAGAGGAUUGCCACAUGCGCAUAUACUAAUAUGGUUAGUUGACAAAAUAAGACCAGAUGAUGUUGAUGAUAUCAUAUCUGCUGAAAUUCCCGAUAAGAAUACUGAUCCAUCUCUCUAUGAUGUUGUUACGAAAAAUAUGGUUCAUGGUCCAUGUGGUACAAUAAAUCCGAAUUGUCCGUGCAUGAUUGAUGGGAAAUGUACCAAACGAUAUCCAAGAGCAUUGAUUACUGAAAGUGUAACCGGAAUCGAUGGAUAUCCACUUUAUCGCCGUCGUUCACCUGAAAAUGACGGGAACGUUGCAUCUUUGCGUAUCCAGAAUCGUGAUUUGGAUAUUGAUAAUAGAAGGAUUGUGCCCUAUUCACCACUAUUAUCGAAAACAUUCAAUGCACAUAUUAACGUUGAAUACUGCAAUUCCGUUAAAUCGAUCAAAUACAUAUGCAAAUAUGUAAACAAAGGAAGUGAUAUGGCCAUGUUUUCAAUAAGCGAUAAAAACCGACUUGAUCAAAACAAAAAUGAUGAAAUCAUUCAAUAUCAACUUGGUCGCUACAUCAGCACCAAUGAAGCGUUGUGGCGAAUAUUUUCAUUCAAUAUUCAUGAACGAUAUCCAACUGUUCAACAUUUGGCUGUGCAUCUUGAAAAUGGGCAACGUGUGUAUUUUACUCCUGAAAAUGCAAGAGCACGAGUUGAUUCACCACCAGCUACAACGUUAACCGCAUUUUUCAAAUUAUGCGAAACCGAUGAAUUUGCCAAGACAUUGCUGUACUCUGAAGUGCCACAGUAUUACACUUGGCAAUCGAAUAAAACGUUCCAACGCCGCGUUCGAGGGCAAGAUUUAUUCGCAAUAAUAAUCGCAACAUGUCAUCCAGCUGAUCCCAAUGCAUUGUGGAAUAAAUUUUGUGACUAUAUGACCGAGGACAUAUUGAAUGAAGUGCGUCGUUUGAGAGGUGACAUGCAAUUAGAAUAUACAGCAGAAAUGUACAAUGAGGCAUUGAUUAAAAUUGAAGAUAUUUGCUUGAUGAUCGCAAGUAAAACGGUGAAUCAAUGUGGUCUGAUUGCUCCAAACAGAAGCAUGCAUGAUGCAUUCAAUCAAGAACUUCAACGUGAACGACAAUACAAUAUCAUUGAUUUGAAAGCUUAUGUUGAAGAAAACACACCAAAAUUGAAUGCUAAGCAGCGAAGUGUAUAUAAUGAAAUCAUGAAUUCUGUUAAUAAUAAAAGCGGUGGAUUUUAUUUUUUGGACGCACCAGGUGGCACUGGAAAGACAUUUUUAUUGUCUUUAUUGUUAGCCAAAAUACGAUCACAGCAAAAAAUAGCAUUAGCACUUGCUUCGUCUGGAAUUGCUGCAACUCUAUUGGAUGGUGGUCGGACAGCACAUUCUGCAUUGAAAUUACCGCUGAACAUUCACAUUCAAGAACAUCCAAUAUGCGGUGUUAAAAAAAGAUCUGCAAUGGGAAAAGUUUUGGAACAGUGCGAUAUCAUUAUGUGGGACGAAUGCACAAUGGCGCAUAAAAAAUCUUUGCGAGCUUUGGAUAUGACGUUGAGAGAUAUCCGCAAAAACGAUGAUUUAUUCGGAGGUGCAUUGAUAUUAUUGGCUGGUGACUUCAGACAAACGCUGCCUGUUAUUCCACGAUCAACACCAGCUGAUGAGUUAAAUGCGUGUUUGAAAAUAUCACCGCUAUGGAAGUGGGCAAAAAUAUUACGUCUCACCGAAAAUGUUCGAGUUCAGCUGCAACAUGAUCCAUCAGCUGCUGUAUUUUCAAAGCAAUUGUUAGAUAUUGGAAAUGGAACAAUGGCAGCUGAUACUACAACUGGAUUGAUUACAUUUCCCGAAAAUUUUUGUCGUAUUACUCAAGACAAAGAUGAAUUAAUCCAAAAGGUGUUCCCGGAUAUCGUUCACAAUUAUGUGAAUUUCGAUUGGUUGAGUGAAAGAGCCAUAUUGGCUGGAACCAAUAAAGAAGUCACCGAACUCAAUUGGAAUAUUCAAAGUAAAAUUCCUGGUGAUGUGAUUUCAUACAAGUCAAUCGAUACAGUUACAGAAGAAGAUGAUGUGGUGCACUAUACAACUGAAUUUUUGAAUUCAUUAGAUGUGCCUGGGCUGCCACCACACAAUUUGCGGUUAAAAGUUGGUGUCCCAAUAAUUAUGCUUCGUAAUAUGAGCCAACCGAAGCUGUGCAAUGGAACACGUUUAGCCGUAAAAAAAUUAAUGAAUAAUUUAAUCGAAGCAACUAUAUUGAAAGGAAAAUUCAAGGGUGAAAAUGUGUUAAUACCACGAAUUCCAAUGAUUCCAACUGAUAUGCCAUUUAGUUUUAAACGGUUGCAAUUUCCAAUUCGAAUUGCAUUUGCAAUAACAAUUAAUAAAUCCCAAGGCCAAUCAAUGGAAGUUUGUGGUAUUAACUUGGAAUAUCCCGUUUUUUCCCACGGUCAAUUAUACGUUGCCUGUUCACGUGUUGGUAAACCGCACGCAUUAUAUAUUUAUGCCAAAGAUGGACAAACCAAAAAUAUUGUGUAUCGUAAGGCAUUAAAUUAA